GGAUGAUCGUCAGUGGCAUCUCCCGCCUCUGCAACUCGGCGCUGGAGCCCUUCGGGGAGCUGCAGCGGGAGGUGGAGAUCCACCGCACCUACGUCUCUCAGUCCGUCCACCUCUUCAUCCUCUAUUUCUUCAACAUGGCUGUGCUGGCCACCUACCUCCCCCAGGAGGGCCUCAAACUCAUCCCCCUGCUCACGGGGCUUUUUGCCAUCUCCCGGUUGAUGUAUUGGCUGUCCUACGCCAUCGGCCGCUCGUUCCGCUCCUUUGGCUUCAGCAUGACCUUCCUCCCGCUCCUGGCCAUGCUGCUCUGGAACCUUUACAGCAUGUUCGCCCUGGAGCCGGAAAACCUCCUCGCCGUGGCACCGCCAAAGCCCGACGACCGCUCCAAGGACGGUGGAGCCAAACUCCGGUACUGGGGGUGA